AUGAAAGAAUCUUUAGUUGAUGAAAUGAAUAUUCGUCGACGUCAUGAUGAUAAACAUAUGAAAACUGAAUUAAUACAAUCGUCAAAAAAUUUAACUUUAUCAUCGAAAGAAUCUACAAAUACGGAACAAAAUAAAACAAUUAAUUCAGAUAAUGAUAAGCAUGGGUUUGUACAUGAUGUUGUUUGGUGCGAUUUAGCUGAACAAUUUCGAUUGAAUCUAAUUACACAAUUAGAUGAACAUUUAAAAGUGUCAUUGAAUGAUUUAGUAAGUACAGCAAUUUCCAGGGAUAACUAUUUACAAAAUACACAAGCACUUAAUGAUUGGAUGACUGAUAAGCAUAAAGCAGAAGGUAGAUCGAUAGCUGCUCACAGUCUACCAACGAAACAUUAUCGCACUCGUGACUCUGUGCUAACUACAUUGUUCCAAAUUUCUCAUAUACGUACUGUCUAUAAUAUAUUUGUCGCUGUGACAAUUAUCUUCUCAGCAAAUACAGUGAUACAAGAUUUUAUUGAUCCUAAGAUUAAUUUAUAUGCUUACAAUAUGGAUAUAUUGAAGUUCACAUUUGGUAAUUUAGAUGAUGUAUUCCGGAUAUGGUUAGCAAUGAAGAUGUCCACCAUUUUUAUACCUUUCUGGGGUGUUCUAUUGUGGAUAGCUUAUAGACCAAAGAUUGGCAAGAAAAUCUGUUCAAUGGACUGGCUUUUCUUUGUUUUGUAUAUCAUUUAUCAGGUGAUGUUUUUUAUGACAUCAUUUCGUUUCACAAUAAUUUGUGACUUACCACCGGCUAGUACCGCAAUCGUCACAGGCGAACAAGUUCGACUGAUUAUGAAAUCACAUGCGUUCGUGCGUUAUGCAAUUAGUCGGAUAUUUGAAGAAGGUGAAGAUGAAUCAACACCACCAUCACCAACGACCGCUGUAACAACAGGAAUCAACAAUCACCAUUUGAACCAAUCAAAUUCAUGUGUAACGGAAAUAGAUGAAUUUCCUAAUUUCUCACGUUAUCUUUAUUUCUUGCUAGCUCCAACUUUAGUUUACCGUGAAAAAUAUCCACGUACACGUAGUAUACGCUGGUAUUUUGUCUUUUCAAAUUUCUUACAAGUGAUUGUUUGUUUUAUAUUUAGUUAUUAUAUUUUUAUGCGUUUUUGUUUCUUACCAUUUUCUCAACUUGGUAAAUUAAAAAAAUUUUCAUUUAAAAAAUAUAUAUUAACAUCAACAGCUUGUACAUUACCAGGUGGUUUAUUAAUGUUAAUUGCAUUCUAUUCAUUUUUACAUUCAUGGUUGAAUGCAUUUGCUGAAAUGUUACGUUUCGGUGAUCGUUUGUUUUAUAAAGAUUGGUGGAAUGCGACAACAUUUAGUGUAUGGUAUCGUACAUGGAAUGUAAUUGUACAUGAUUGGUUAUAUACUUAUAUUUACCGUGAUAUACAAUUUCUAAUUGGAAAACACUCACGUACAUUGGCAGCAACUGCUGUUUUUUGGUUAUCAGCUGGUGUACAUGAAUAUAUCUUAAUGAUGAGUUUAAGAUAUUGCUUACCAGUGUUAUUUUUAUUUUUUAGUGUAGGUGGUUAUGUGUUAUUUUUUGUGCAGGGUAGUGGACGUGGUUGGAAUGUAGCUAUUUGGAUAUUAUUAUUUGUUGGUUGGGGUCAAAUGAUCUGUUUGUAUUCAAUGGAGUGGUAUGCACGAAAAAAUUGUCCACCAGUUCUAAAUGGUUAUUUGAAUUUCUUUAUGCCACAUAUUAUAUUGUGUCCUAGUACUAACCAUACUCAGCAUGUUUGA